AUGUGGUGCCGGAUCGGCUGGGAACACGGCGCCAUGAAUGCCAGACCCCAAGCUGUGGCCAAGGACCUUCCUCCUGUCCUCCUGUCGUAUGCUGCUGAGCUUGCAGCACUCGAGCAAGCCGCCCUAUGGACCAGUGUGUGGGUUGAUGCCAAUUAUGCCGCAUGGCAUGCACGCCCUCAGCGAGUUGUCAUUGCGGUUGAUAAUCAAGCGGCCCUUCAGGUUGCUGCUGGGCACGGGAAGGCUACCACCCCAUGGGCGCGAGGCGCCCGAUUCGCAUGGCAGGCGGUCCAGUCUCGCCUUACCACCGAGUUCGCUCAUGUUCAGGGGCAUGCGGGCUUUCUGGUCAACGAGAUAGCGGACUGCCUCGCUGGACUUGCCUCGAAGGGCACCAAUGCUUCGCCUACCUUUCCCCGCCCUCUUACACCUCUCUGGAAUGACCUCUGGGAACAAUCGGCUGAACACCUGUGGCUGGUACCCUUUGGGACCCUAGUGGGGCAGAGUUCCAUGCACAUGCGCUUCCCCGACUCCGAGGGGCUGCCGUCUCCUUACUUGGAUGCCGCUGCACACAACACUCCGGACUGCCAAGAGAACGGCGAUCGGCAGGAGCGCGUUGACACGAUCCCUUUUCGCGCGGUUCAAGCCAAUGUCCAAACUAUCAAAGAUGUGACUCCACACUUUUUCAACAAGGCCGGCACUGGCCAACGCAGAGCCUACCUCAGCCGACAGCUGAAACGGCUACGGGCUGACAUAGUGACUCUGCAAGAAUGCCGAUCCCGCGCUGGCCGCUGGGCCACAGGGAGCUUCCUGACUUGGCGCUCGGGAGCAGACCGAGCAGGUCAAGGGGGGUGUGAGGUCUGGGUCAGAGCAGAUUGGCUGCCGGACUGCUCUACACUGGAGGCGUGGACGAUCCAUGACUCCUCCCCCCGUCUGCUUGCGGUCUCCACUGCUCGCAGGCGCCCACCUGUGGUCAUUGUCGCGGCUCAUGCACCACAUGCCGACCGACCGCCGGCGGAGAUUCGGGCAUUCUGGGGUGCACUGUCGACCUGCCUACGCGAGUUUCCGGCAGGUUCAGCUAUCCUUGUGGGCAUCGAUGCAAAUGCGGAUUUCACACAUGCGGAUGAAAUGCAGGAAAGGGUCGGAAGUCUCGUCUCAGGAGCGGACCCGCGACUGGGCGAUGAGCGCAUGUUCCAGCUAAUAUGUGACCAUAACCUGCAAGCGCCAGCAACUCUGGAAACUGUGCACGUCGGGCCACGUUGGACCUGGAGGCAUGCUUCAGGUCUGCAGAAGCGGCUCGACCACUGGCUCACAACCGCGCAGCACUGGACCUUUUCCAAGACCCGACAAUGUCCGGAGUUCGACAUCCUGCUGGGUGCCAGGGAUCACAUGCCCUUGUCGAGCCAAGGGGUACUGUCCAUGCCCUCCACACCGCCAAGCGUCAGCCGGCGAUUGGCCUCCCCUGUCGAGUGUGCUAGCCUAGCUCCCAAGGUCUGGGGAGUUCAGCCGCCCUGGGAGGUGCUUCUCGGCAUGUCGCCCGCGGAGCAAGUGGCAUGCCUGCAGUCCACUUAUGAUAAGGCCGUGGCGGGGCUGCCGCGGCGUCCGGUUGCGCGACCCACUCAGCCAUACCUUAGUAGGGAGGCAUGGAACACCCUGCGACUGCUCAAGCGAGUGCGGGCACUCAAGGAAGCUGCGAGGCGGCAGGCUAUCCGGAGGUGGCUGCGCAUAUGCUUCCGGGCAUGGAGGCGGCCAGACCAUCGCCCCAGGCAGCAGACACGACCGUGGCACCUCUUUGCACGGUUGGCACGACAAGAGCGAUGCCUGGCUAGGAGAGCACACACUCUAGGGAGAAGAGAUAAGGCCCGGCACCUCCUCUCUCUCCUUGCUGCAGCUACGGGGCGCUGGCAUGCCACUGGCCGCACAGACCAAGCCUUGCUUCGCCUCCGGUGGGCAUCCCGUCGAGCCGCGGACCGCAGACGUGUCAAGGCCGCUGGAGGGUUCGCUACGCAGGCCCAACUACGGGAGCAAUUCCGUGAGCAAGAGGCCGGCACAGUUGUGACCCCUGCCGCACUGGCAAACACGCAUGCUGAGUGGCAACAGACGCCAGGACACCCUUGUGUACAGGCCGUCCCCAGCCUCACUGACGUCGAGGCCAUAUGCCGCAAGCAGAAGGCUGACAAAGCCCCAGGACCUGAUGGGGUUCGCAACGGGCUCUGGAGAACACAGCCUGCAGCUGCGAGCCGCUGGCUCUGGCUCCUGCAGGCCAAGAUGGCCCUUAAGGGCAGAGAGCCGCCACAGUUCAAGCAUGCAAUCGUUUGUGCCUUGUAUAAAAAAGGGCCCGCGCACCUGCCCUCCAACUAUCGAUCCAUUGCCCUACUCAAUGGCGCUGCCAAACUGUGGCACAGCCACAUUCGCAACACGGUCGGACGCCGCCUUGUCCAAUCGUAUCAGCCCCUCCAGCUGGGAGGCAAACCCGGAAUGCACGUCGGGUACGCACUCACAGCAUACCGUGCUGCCACCGGCCUGACUGCGAGCAACGGACACUCGCUCGCGGCCAUGUUCGUUGACGUCCAAGCUGCCUUCUAUGAAGUCGACAGAGGCCUGCUUUUCGGCGAGGACGCUUGCCGAGCACGGGGCCAACAAAUCCUCCCCUGGCUACAGUCCUUGCUGGACGCUGGAGCCUUAGAUCAGUUGGGUCUAUCACCUGCGGAAACCUGCUUGCUGCAGGACUGUGUCGCUGGCUCGAGCUGGCUUCUUCGUGGCGACAAGAAUCCCAUCCUCGCCGCUAGGGGCAGUCGGCCGGACGACGGCCUAGCAGAUAUCCUCUUUGGCGCAGUAAUGGCAUGUCUGAUUCGGCACCUCACUGACCAGCUUUCCCAAGCAGGAAUUGCCCACCACGGCCUCUCGCUGGCUUUAGGAUACCAGGUGGCACAAGUCUGCCCUAUUGCAUGGGCCGACGACUUGGUUGUGCUAGCUGAUGUGCCUGCUGCAACCCUGACACAUGUCGUCGUUUGGCAACGAUUACCCUAA